AUGGCCACUGAAGAUGGGAAGAGCUUCGUAAAGAGAGACACUCUCAAAAAAAUAGAAGCAAAGAUUCAAACUUUGUGGAAAGAACAUGACGUUUACAGGGCCGAAUCUCGCGAAAAGCCUCCUAAGCCAGGGGAGAAGUUCUUUGGAAACUUCCCGUUCCCUUACAUGAAUGGCUUUUUGCAUCUUGGACAUGCAUUCUCACUCUCAAAGCUAGAGUUUUCUGCACGUUGUCAUAAACUAAGAGGUGCAAAUGUGCUCUUCCCUUUCGGUUUCCAUGGAACCGGAAUGCCCAUCAAAGCCUCUGCUGAUAAAGUUGCACAAGAGAUCCAACAGUUUGGACACCCGCCUGUCUUUCCCAUCAACGAAGAGGAUCAAGUGGACCAAGAAGAAGUUGAAGAUGCAAAUGCAAGUGCACCUCUGGAAACUAAUGAGAUAUUCAAAUUCUGCGAACCAUAUGAGUGGUUGAACUUCUUCCCUCCAUUGGCAAUGGAAGACCACAAGGCUUUUGGCUUGGCAUUUGACUGGAGCCGUUCCUUUAUUACUACAGACAGGAACCCGUAUUUUGAUAAGUUUGUGAGGUGGCAGAUGCGGAAAUUGAAAGACAAGGAUAAGAUUGUCAAAGCGAAACGUUACACCAUCUACUCUCCAAUGGACGGGCAGCCAUGUGCAGAUCAUGAUAGGGCAAUUGGCGAAGGAGUUCAGCCCCAAGAAUAUACUAUCAUCAAAAUGGAGGUGGCGAUACCUUUUCCUUCUAAGUUGGGAGUGUUGGAGGGGAGAAAAGUGUUCCUUGCUGCUGUUGAAAUAUAA